AUGCCGAGUUCACCCGGUUGUUGGUUACUAGGAGACAGAGGGUUUGCAAAUAAGCCGCCGGUUUUAACACCAUUUAAAAUGUCGAAUAGUAGUAAUCCAAGCAAUGUUCUGCCUCCUCGUGAACUACAAAUAAUUAAACAAGCCUUUCGUGUAUUAGAUGCUAAUCAUGAUGGUUUCAUUAGUAAAUCAGAAUUAAAACAAUGUCUAAGACGUUUUGGUAUACAAUUUCGAGAUUCAGACAUUGAUCGCGCUUUACAAAUGAUAGGUUUAAAUCAUGAUGUGAGUUAUAAUGAAUAUAUGAAAUUUGUGGUAGCUGUGUACCGAGGUGAAUAUGAUCAAUUUUUACUUAAUGCUAUUGGAUAUCCAAGUGCAAACAUCGGUGGUAUUCCCCGUAGACGCUAUCGGAGAUAA